AUGAAAUUCCCAACUGCAAAGAAGCCUAACAUUGUUCAUGCCCUUCCUACUGAAAUUAUUAUUGAAAUUCUUUCACGCGUUGGUACUGCAAGUGCUCCUGAUUUAUUUGCAUGCAGAUUGACUUGCAAGGCUAUUAAUAAAAUGUCACACGAUGAGAAGAUAUAUAAGAAGGUUUCUUUCGAACACCUGUACAUGCGUUCUUUGCGUAAUGAUGAAAAUAAAACAAAGUUUUUUGAUUUGUGCUUGCAAUACAAGAACCCAGAAGCACUUUUGCGUUAUGGCAUGGUACAGUAUUUUACAUAUGUGUUGUUAGAUGAAGGGUUGAAAAACAUCGACUUGGCACAUUCAAAGGAUGAAGUGGUUCAAUUAAGAGGAACUUUACGAGAUAUGAUGGUGUCCCUUUGGUUAAAUAAUAGCAUUGUUCGUGAGUCAGAUGAAUUGGUAAAGUGUGAUCAAGGGCACCUUCAUGCAUAUGACAACAUUGUGGACAAAUGGGAUUACUUCGCAUGGGGUCCUGAUGAUCUCAAUAAUUUAUGUGAUGCAUACUUAUGUAAUCGCGAAGCAGCCUUUUUUCUACGCUUGCUCCACUAG